UAACACAGGAGAAAUAGAAUAAACACAGAACUAAUUAUAAAGUGUGUUAAGUGCAAUGAAGGGAAAUGUCACAGUGCUGUAAGACAGCUAGAGACUGGAGAAAGGACACGAGCUCCCACGGUUUUAAGUCUAAUUAACCUUGAGAUGCAUGUGUAGAAACUUGUGUUCAGGGAAACAGAAUAUUUGUAUUUAGAAAAAGUUUAGAAGGAGAUAGUGAUGCAUUCCUGUUUUGACUUGACACCUGCGUCAUGCAGCUCCAUCAUCUCAAAGCUAUGUAUGUGAUUGUUUGUAAUAGAAGGUACGUAUAUGUGUGUAUGUGACAGAGACAGAGAGGGAGAAAGAGAACAGCACAAAGAAAGAUUCCUUUAGACAAGCAUUCUAAGGAGCCAGCGGGCUCACAGCAGCUAAUCUCCUUCAUGCUUGCCUGACCCCGCCCCCUUCCCUCUCAUCAUAACUUGUGAUCUUAGAGGCAUGAAAGAAUUUGAGCCCCUCCCCCAGCUCGACCAUUUCUGUGGGCCUCUCCGCCGGGCUCCAUGUCAAACCCAGCCUGGGCCAGAAGCCAGAGGGCCACACAGAAGGUGCUGGACUUGCAGGCAGGUUCCUCACCCUGUGGCCAUGGGUGGCAACAUGGGACAGCUUGGCAUUCAGACCUGUGAGUCCCGGGCCAAGGAUAAACCCUUUGACCCCGUGGAGCCACCCAAGAGACCCACAGGCAACCUCAUCAUGCAUAGCAUGGCCAUGCUGGGCCGGGAGUUCUGCUACGCGGUGGAGGCGGCCUAUGUGACCCCAGUCCUGCUCAGCGUGGGGCUGCCCAAGAGUUUGUACAGUAUGGUGUGGCUGCUCAGCCCCGUCCUAGGCUUCCUGCUGCAGCCCGUGGUGGGAUUAGCCAGCGACCACUGCCAGGCCAGCUGGGGCCGUCGGAGACCUUACAUCCUCACCCUGGGUGUCAUGAUGCUCUUGGGCAUGGCUCUGUACCUCAACGGGGACGCCGUGGUGACAGCUUUGAUUGCUGAUCCAAGAAGGAAGCGGAUUUGGGCCAUAACCAUCACCAUGAUAGGUGUAGUUGUCUUUGAUUUUGCUGCUGACUUCAUUGAUGGGCCCAUUAAAGCCUACUUAUUUGAUGUCUGCUCCCAGGAGGAUAAGGAGAGGGGCCUCCACUACCAUGCCCUCUUCACAGGUUUUGGAGGUGCCCUGGGUUACCUUUUGGGUGGCAUCGACUGGGCUCAUCUGGAGACAGGAAGAGCACUGGGCACAGAAUUCCAGGUCAUGUUCUUCUUCUCCGCCUUGGUGCUCACUCUGUGUUUUAUUAUUCAUCUCUGCAGUAUCCCUGAAGCCCCACUUAGAGAUGUUACAAGGGACAUAUCCCCACAGCAAGCCCCCCAGGACUUUGCAUUGUCAUCAGACAAAAUGUACCAGUAUGGGUCUAUUGAGAAAGUAAAAAAUGGUUCUGUAAACCCAGAACUGGCAUUGCAGGGAGACAAAACCAAAAAUUCUGCUGGACAGUCUAGGAAAGCGAUGACCAUGAAGUCACUGCUGAGGGCGCUGGUGAACAUGCCUCCCCAGUACCACUGCCUUUGCAUCAGCCACUUCAUUGGAUGGACUGCCUUCCUAUCUAACAUGCUCUUCUUCACAGAUUUCAUGGGCCAGAUUGUGUACCACGGGGAUCCCUACAGUGCACACAACUCCACAGAGUUUCUCAUCUACGAAAGAGGGGUCGAGGUUGGAUGUUGGGGCUUGUGCAUCAAUGCCGUGUUUUCCUCACUUUAUUCUUACCUUCAGAGACCUUUGGGAUCCUACGUAGGGUUAAAAGGUCUUUACUUCCUGGGGUAUUUUCUAUUUGGCCUGGGGACAGGAUUGAUUGGACUUUUCCCGAACGUCUACUCCACCCUGACUAUGUGUACCUUGUUUGGUGUGAUGUCCAGCACUCUGUACACUGUGCCCUUCAGCCUCAUUGCCAAGUACCACCGUGAGGAGCAGGAUGAGAAGAGACAGCAGGCCCCAGGAUGGAGCCUGGACAGCGAUGGGAGAGGGCAGGGCCUGGAUUGCGCUGUCCUCACCUGCAUGGUGCAGCUGGCUCAGAUCCUAGUCGGAGGUGGCCUGGGCUUCCUGGUCAACAAGGCUGGGAGCGUCAUCGUGGUAAUCACGGCCUCUGCAGUGUCGCUGAUCGGCUGCUGUUUUGUGGCUCUCUUUGUUAAAUACGUGGACUAGGUCAAUAAACAUUGUCCCUACCCUCAGA